UUUGAAGGUAACACGGACAGUUACACAGUGAAGCACAUCUACCUGGACGACGCGAUUGUUGCGCGCUACAUAAAGUUCCAUACGACCGAGUGGCACAAACACCCGAGUCUCAAGGUCGAGAUCAUUGGCUGCCAAGUUUGCAAGAACAUCCUGUCCCUACAACCAAACGCCAAGGUGACGUCAUCAUCGACAAAGAUGGAGCAAGAUGGUACGUGCGGGAGUGACGAUGCCUACAUCGUUUCCAACGGUGCAUGGUGCGCUAGAAACAACGAUGACACUCAAUGGCUUCAAUUUGACGUCGGUCCACCAACUCUGAUCACAGGGCUCAUAACGAAGGGCCGCUCUGAGGGCAAGAAGAGGGCAUGGGUCACGAAUUUUAAAAUUUCAUUCAGUAACGAUAGUAACGGUUGGCAUUAUUAUUCUGACUCUGCCAACCAACCAAUCAAACGGCAGAUCUUCCAGGGCAACAACAACGCCAACGACACAUCCUACAACUAUCUUAACAAGCCUUUCACGGCCCGGUUCAUAAGAUUUCACCCAAUUUCCUGGGUCAAGCAGGUCGCAAUGAGAGCUGCUGUGAUUGGCUGCCCUUUUGAUGGUAAUACUAAUGUAUUUUUUGUCUUUUUUUGGUAUGGUGUAAUGUAUAUUUUGUAUUUUUGGUGUAUCUAUUGUAUAUUUUUUACCAAUGUUUUUUAA